AUGGCAAAAGUCACAGGGGCUCUAGGAUUCAGCGACCCUCUUCCGGGCAUCCGCUUCAAGUUCCACGCGAACGACACGAGUCUAGAUGUGAUGAAUGUCACACAACGAGAUGCAACCAUCUCGGAUGCAAGGGACCUCUCACCGCCACCAUCCCUCGAUGCCGAAGGAUUCAUGCUAGUGGGCCACACCAGCGCAGUUCGGGACUUCCGAGACCAAGCGGAGGUCAAGAGCGUCCACGUCGACGAGAUCCGCGUCCUUCUCCUUCGAGUAACCGGCGCAGACCACGUAGAGAUGAGAGGCAUGGGCGUGCUCCGCUUCGGGGAGCGAAGCAAAGACUCCGGCGCGCUGAACAACUCACGCCCGGCGCGAUUCGUACACAUCGACAUUUCUGACAAAACGGCUGCGGAAUGGAACGCAAAGUUGGAACUUCCCGAAGGCAAGCGGAUCAAGCGCGCCGUGCACCUUAACGUCUGGCGCGUUCUGACCCCGCCGCCGCAGGAUGUCCCACUUGCUGUUUGUGACGCGCGGAGCUUGUCGUCGGGGGAUACCCACGUUGCAGAUGCGAUGUUUGACGACCCUGAUGGGAGCGGCAAGAUAGUGCACUCGUUUGAGGGGUUGGCUAUUAAGCAAGGUGUCAGCCAGAAAUGGUGGUAUUAUUCAAACAUGCGGACGGACGAAGUGCUGGUUUUCAAGACAAACGACACCGCACCUGGGGUCGCACAUGCGGUUGCCCAUGGGGCAUUCGAUGAUCCCUCCUGUCCGGAGGGGCAGGACCCGCGUGCAAGUAUUGAGAUGCGUGGUAUUGCGAUCUGCUUCCCGGGGCUCAGUCAAGUCUUUCUUGCGGUCAACGACGUGAAAGCACAACGUGAAUGCGCAAAUUUGGCGGUACAAGUUGUUAUUGGGAGCGAUGAAUCGCUCUGCAAUUCUAUCACGAUCACAAAGGAUGUUCUGCCAGACGACGUGUUGUGUGGUCUGCCCUCUCCAUGGGCGAAUCUGCCUCGCAGGAUGAGCGUCGCUCCACCCCUGACACUGGGCGAAGGAGUAGGCAGCAGCUUUUCGUCCCUAACUACGCCAAUCACCCUCGCUGAAAUACGGCUGCACUGCCACGCCGCCGAGGGACUCGCGUCUAACAUCAACGAGGAGUUGAGCAGACGAGAGAUGACAUUUCACAAACAUACAAUUCCAUUACCCACUUCUGCAGACGCAAUGGAUCGGAAGAAUGUCAACGCAGGUCUGCAUCAUCUCAAUUACACUAUGUUCAUUAUCCUUCCCUCAUAUUGGCAGUCCUCCGUCCCUCUACUCCAAAGGGGCUCACGGUCAGGAGGACCCAGCUCCCCCGUUCUCCCACAAUACCAAGAGAACCUCCUAGACGACCUUCCCGCCGCUCCCGCAGCCGAAAACUCCGGCUCCGGCCUCCUCCAUCUCCAGCCAAUGCAAGAAGAAGAUAUUUACGCGGCGUCGUCGGCCAGGUCGAGAUCGGCCUCUGGUCAUAAUCACCCGGCAAGGCCGUGGCAUCGUUCUAUUCUUCAGCGGGCCAACACAUCGCGCUCGAACGGGGAGCCCUCAUGGGCCAACGUCGUGCCCUUAUCGCUGCUUGGACGCUGGCCCGCUGUGGUGGAGUGCCCGCUCUGCAAGGAGCUCACCAGGACUACGCUCAGGCACGAGACGGGCAAGGGGACGCACUGGAUCGCGACUCUGCUCUUUUUUACCACAGGUGUUGGGGCCUUCGUGCCUUAUGUGACGGACUUUUCCAAGAAUGUCCAGCACAGAUGCUUGAAAUGUGGUAACACGCUGGCUACGAACCACUUCGGUAGUGGGACUGAGGCGCACUUGAUUUAA